AUGGCUGCUGUAGCACAAGAAGAGGCGGUCGAGGCAGCUUCAGUGGAGGAGGAGAAUGGAAAUGAAGAGACAAAUGAAGGAGAGGCUGCUGAGAGUGCUACUGCGAACACUAAGCUUUACUUUGGAAAUUUGCCUUAUCUUUGUGAUAGUGCUCAACUUGCUGGAAUUAUUCAAGAAUGUGCUAGUCCAGAGCUGGUUGAGGUUCUCUACCAUAGGGAUACCGGAAAAAGCAGAGGAUUUGCGUUUGUGACCAUGAGCAGCAUUGAGGAUUGCCGUAAAGUCAUUGAAAUUCUAGAUGGAAGUGAAUAUGGCGGUCGAACCUUAAGGGUGAAUUUCUCUGACAAGCCUAAACCAAAAGAGCCAUUGUAUCCAGAAACUGAUUAUAAACUUUUCGUGGGAAAUCUAGCCUGGGCAGUCACAUCAGAAAGUUUGACACAGGCAUUUCAAGAAUAUGGAAAUGUCAUUGGAGCGAGAGUUCUAUAUGAUGGGGAAACGGGAAGGUCUCGUGGCUAUGGAUUUGUAUGCUAUGACACUAAAGCCGAGAUGGACACUGCACUCCAAGCCCUCAAUGGAGUGGAAUUAGAGGGGCGUGUAAUGCGUGUUAGCCUAGCACAAGGGAAGAAACAAUAA